CGCAUGCGCAGCGGCCCCCGAGCCCACACCAUGGCGCAGCAGGGCCGCGGCAGUCUCAAGGAGCAGCGUUACGACCGGCAGCUCAGGCUGUGGGGUGACCAUGGACAAGAGGCUUUAGAAUCUGCUCAUGUUUGUGUGAUCCAUGCAACAGCCACAGGAACUGAAAUCCUCAAAAAUUUAGUGCUACCAGGUAUCGGUUCAUUUACAAUCAUUGAUGGGAAUGAAGUCACUGGAGAAGAUGUCGGAAAUAACUUCUUUUUACAAAAAAGCCAUAUUGGCCAGAAUCGAGCCCAGAGUGCCACAGAGCUCUUACAAGAAUUAAAUAAUGAAGUCUCUGGAAAUUUUGUGGAGGAGAGCCCAGAAAAACUUUUAGAUAAUGAUCCGUCCUUUUUCUGUCGGUUUAACAUGGUGGUUGCAACCCAACUACCAGAAAGUACAUUGCUACGUUUAGCUGACCUUCUCUGGAACUAUAACAUCCCUCUGUUAGUCUGUAGGACUUAUGGAUUGGUUGGCUACAUGAGAAUCAUUAUUAAAGAACAUCCAGUCGUAGAAUCUCACCCUGACAAUGCAUUAGAAGAUCUGAGACUGGACAGUCCAUUUCCAGAGCUGAGAGAACAUAUUCAAACAUAUGACUUGGAUCAUAUGGAAAAAAAGGACCAUAGCCACACUCCAUGGAUUGUGAUUGUGGCAAAGUACUUAGCAAAAUGGUACAGUGAGAAAAGUGAUCAGUUACCUAGGAGUUACAAAGAAAAGGAAGCUUUCAGGCAGAUGAUUAGACAAGGUAUUUUAAAGAAUGAAAAUGGGAUCCCAGAAGAUGAAGAGAACUUUGAAGAAGCUAUGAAAAAUGUGAAUGCAGCACUAAGUACUACAAAGAUUCCAAGGUGUAUUGAAGAAAUUUUUAAUGAUGAAAAUUGUAUCAAUCUCACAGAGCAGUCACCAAACUUUUGGAUUUUAACCCGAGCUGUAAAAGAAUUUGUGGCAAAUGAGGGGCAAGGAGCUCUACCUGUUCGGGGCACUAUUCCUGAUAUGAUAGCAGAUUCUAGUAAAUUUAUCAAAUUGCAAAAUGUAUACCGGGAAAAAGCAAAGAAAGAUGUUACUGCUGUGGGUAAUCAUGCUGCUAAGUUGUUACAGUCACUGGGCAAGCCACCAGAGUCGGUUACACAGAGAGAAUUAAAAUUGCUCUGCAGCAAUUCAGCAUUUCUUCGAGUAGUGCGGUGUAGAUCUCUAUCUGAAGAAUAUGGCUUAAAUACUUUUAACAAGGAUGAAAUUAUUUCCAACAUGGAUAACCCAGACAGCGAGAUUGUGCUAUAUUUAAUGCUCCGUGCAGUGGAUAGAUUUCAUAAACAACAUGGUAGAUACCCAGGUGUAUAUAAUUACCAAGUGGAAGAUGAUAUUGGGAAAUUGAAAUCUUGCCUCAGUGGUUUUCUUCAGGAACAUGGGCUGUCUGUAACAGUGAAGGAUGACUAUGUUCACGAAUUCUGCCGCUAUGGAGCUGCAGAACCACAUACUAUUGCUGCAUUUGUUGGAGGAGCUGCUGCUCAAGAGGUCAUCAAGGUGAUUACGGGACAGUUCGUCAUUUUCAAUAACACCUACAUCUACAGCGGGGUGCCGCAGACCUCCGCUACCUUCCAGCUGUAGAGUCGCCCCGGGCCCCGCCCCCCGGGAAGUCCUCAGUCUCUCGGCGCCUAUUAAAAGUUCUCGUUCGUCCUCGUUA